AUGUUCCGCUCUGAGAUUUCUCCUCUCCUUCGGCUCGCAUGGACGGUUCCACGAGCAGCUCUCUCGCGAACUCCCCCUCCAUUUGUCGGUGCAAAAUUUGCUGUUCCUACCGUGCGGACGGCGGCCAGGAGCUUCACCACGAAGGCACCAAGCCAGAACGAACCCGAGAUUUUGCUCACUAUUGAGAAGCACAUGGACGAGGCCAUGAAGGCAUUUGGGGAGGGAAGUCUAAAAAACUGCUUGAUCGCGAAUAACAAAGCCAUCGAGCUCUUCGAGGAGGAUGCUAAUAAGAGCCUCCGUCGUCAGCAGCAUCAGCGGUAUGCUGCUGCUUAUCUCAACAGUGCUUUCGUGUUGAAGCAGUUGGGGGCCUAUCAGGAGGCGAAGGAGGCUGCAGACAAAGGCCUUGCCAUUCUCAUGAAAAAGUACACUAUGCACAAACGGGAAAUUGCGGAGACUCUGGAUUUACUGGGCGAACUGUGUCAGAAUCUAGAGCUCACUGAGGAGGGAAAGGCCGACGUUAGCCGAUCUAUUGAGCUCAAAACGGCAUUGUAUGGGCCCAACGCCAUCCAGCUAGCGGUGCCCAUGAAUAUUCGAGGAGCACUGCAGCUCCAACAGGGCCAUCUUGACAAGGCUCGCUCAGAUUUUUUACGAGCGCUCACAUACACAGUGAAGUACCAUUCUGCUGGCAAACCCGUCCAUCCCCAAAUCGCUGUAUGUCUGAGCAACUUGGCAGGGGUACUCCAAAAGGAGGGCAAGCUCGAUGAAUGUCGUCAAAUUUACACGGAAGUUGUGGAGUCAAUGAGCCAAGAAUUCGGUAGGACCUCCCCGGUUACCGCACAGGCCCUCUGCGAUCUCGGCGCCACCUAUGUGGCGUUGAAGCAUAAGAAGCUAGCCCAGUCAACAUUGACCGAGGCCUUGCAUGCCAGUACAGUAUCGAGAGGCAUAGAGCAUCCUGUAACUCAGCGUGUAGUGGAAUGGUUACAAGAUGCGGCGAAAAUCGAGGACCCGGAAGAUGUUGACGGAUUUUGCGGUGACGAUUUUGUUGACAACCUGCUCAUGGACUGCGUUCACAAGAUAGCAGAGCAAGAGAAGCAUUCGGCAGAUGCAGGAGUUCAGGGAGACAUCCUCUUCUUGGACCAGCGCGGCCAUGUUGGUCACGGUAGCCCAUUGAAGCCGCUCAUAUGAGAAGCAUAUCCCCCAAGUUAACCACUGUUCAUAUAGCCAUUGUGUUCCAAUUCACUGUUCUUCGUCG